UUAUAAUAUUUAUAUUUCUUCAUUUCAAAUAAAUAAUAUGCUUUCAUAGAUUGCGCAAUCAUUAUUCAUUACUCUUUUCAAAAAUUUGCUUUAUCUUUAGUCCAAAUGUACUUUCGAUAAAACUAUACGAGGGAUAAUACAAAGGACAUAAUCAAGUUAGUUAGUCAUCGGUGAAAGAGCACAAAUAUAAAGAAGAACAUAAAUCGACAAGAUAUUUCUUCCUAUGAUAUAUUACCAUUAUUUUAUUAAAAAUCAAAUGGAAAGCGAAAUUAUCUUAUCAAAUAUAUUUCUUUGUAGCAAAACUUCACAACACUUCAAAAUUUAAGUGAUUUCAAGAUGACGCACGUUCGGUUUCUUAUUUCGAUACGAGGACCGGUCAAUUUUACGCUUUUUAUAAGUUUAUUAGCUAUAAGAUAAUUAUUAAUUGAUCGUAAAAACAUACAUCUUAUACUUAACUAGAAACUAAGAUUUCUAUUUCCGCGUUUUAGGCUUUAUUCGUCUGUAUUCGCAAAAUCUUUCAAACUCUUCUAAACCGCCCGGCUGAUUGUCAAAGAUAUCGGUAACGAUCAGGGUAUGAAGUAUUCUCUUAUCAGGGGGACCAUCGUGCGCCUGUAAAAAUAAGCGACUAGCUGACCCGUUAACACUUCAGUCUCGUUCUGGACAUCUUCCGAUAACGUCAUACUGUCUUCGAUCCGGCUCUAAGGCACGAAGAAGCCGAUUCGUGUCUUCGUCACACGGAUUGUAUGUAGAGCCUGAUCGAAGGCGGUCUUAAGUUAAAGUUGGGCGUCGUGCGCCUCGCGCGAUGUACGUUUGAAUUCAAAAAUAAAAAAAAGUUCGUGGUGCUGGUGAAUUGGAUAAUAACGUGGUAAUCGUUACUUGUCAAGAGUUCUAAUCAAGCAUCGUGCAAAAUGGAACAAGUCGAGAAAAAAGGAAAUGAAAAAAUUGCGCUAAAACGAGAGUUAGGCCUGUUCAGCGCAGUGGGCAUGAUCGUGGCGGUUAUGAUCGGUUCCGGAAUAUUUGUAUCCCCCACUAGCGCUCUCGAAAGAUCAGGAUCUGUCGGCCUUUGUCUGAUCGUCUGGAUUUCUUGUGGCUUGUUAUCCCUUCUGGGAGCACUUGCGUUCGCCGAAUUAAGUACAGUCGUUCCACGAUCCGGAGCUGAAUAUGCUUAUUUCAUGGAAGCUUUUUCACCCCUGCAUCAAUAUGCCGGCCAAAUACCAGCAUUUAUAUGUUCGUGGGUUUACGUAAUGGUAUUACGGCCAACAGAAGUGGCGGUAAUCAUGUUGACAUUCGCCGAGUACAGUGUACAACCGUUUUCUGGAUAUUUAGAAAAUCUUUCCGAAGAAUGGAUGUUCAGAUUAAAAAAACUCAUAGCUGUCCUAGCACUCGGCCUGAUCACGUACAUUAAUUUAACCAGCGUGAAGUUAUACGUGAAAGUUCAAAAUAUAUUUACCGUAUGCAAAAUAGUUGCGUGUAUUUUCGUGAUUUGCGGUGGAAUAUGGUGGUUAUGCACUGGUCAUACGGAGUUAUUGGAGAAACCGUUUCACGGUACUACAACUUCAGCAGGCAACGUGGCGCUAGCGUUCUAUAGUGGAUUAUGGGCUUACGAUGGAUGGACGUCCGCCGCAAUCGUCACGGAAGAGAUUCAGAAACCGGAAAUUAAUAUUCUCAGGAGUAUUUUAAUCGGUGUACCUUUGAUCACUAUUUUAUACGUUUCGAUGAAUUUGAUGUACAUGGCUGCUCUAACGAUACCUGAAAUGGUAAGAGCGCCAGCUGUGGCAGUUCUCUGGGCGAAAAAGGUUCUACCCUCUUGGUUGGGCUUUGUGAUACCUCUGGGUGUUGCAAUAUCUACUUUUGGAUGCAGUCUUAGUAUUCAAUUCGGAGUAUCCAGACUCUGCUAUGUAGCCGGUCGCGAAGGCCACGUACCCAGAGUUUUCAGCUUCGUACAUAUCGAAAAAAUGACUCCCGCUGCGGCAGUAGCGUUUCAAGGAUUACUUACGCUACUUUAUCUGCUCACGGGAGAUAUUAUCGCACUUAUAGAAUUUGCAAGUUUUUUAACAUGGGUAUUUUAUGGAUUUGCCAUGUUAUCGUUAAUAAUUAUGCGGCGAACGAAACCAAACGCAUCGAGACCAUACGCGGUACCGAUUGUAGUACCUUGGCUAAUAUUAGGAGUUUCUAUUUUCUUGGCUGUAACACCAAUCGUGCACGAACCAACACCGAAAUACUUGUUUGCAUUGUUAUUUGUUCUUCUUGGCAUUGUCGUUUAUCAUACGUACGUGUAUAAAAAAGUUAAAAGCAGUUUGGCAAGUGAGUAUAAAAAAAAAAUUUUGUGUAAAUUCUUAAUAAAAGUACUUAUCUCACCUCUAUAUGUAAUCUGUUUUUUUUUCUUUCAGCGAAAAUCACGUACCUGAUCCAAAUAUUAUGCCUUGUUGUUGCUCCAGAUAAAGAAGACUGAAAAACAAUUUCUCAUUUCACAUUAUAUAUAACACCAUUUAAAUUAUAUGAUAUGGUUGAGGUUGAAAUAUAUUUAAUAAUUCAAUUGAGAGAUAUUUUUAAAUCUCUUAAUAUCCGUUAUUAUUAUUAAAAGGGUAACAAUAUUAAAUUUAUUCAUUUUACAUUUUUUAAUUAAAAAUUUUUAUAAUGUAUAACAAAUUUUUAUAUUUGUGCAGUAUUGUAAAAUAUUUAAUAAUGUAAUUACAAAGAUAUAAUAAAUAUUAAUUACGAUAUGUAAUAAGCAUAAAAUAUAAUUAAUGGAAAUGUCAAGUAUUUAUUAUAUCUUUACAUAAAUAUACUUUAAAUAUCACAAUACUGUAAUAUCAAAGUUCACAAUAAUAUCAAUAUUUCAGUAUUAUGAUGACAAUAAAUACUAUUAAUAUCAAUUAUAA